GGUGAGCGCGGGGGCGGGGGCUGGAGCCCUUCGUCGCUUCCUCUGGGCAGCCGCGCGUGCCGCGGAGCCGCUCCGCCUCUGCUCCUCCAAGCGCUGCUGGUCUUCGAGUCAUGGCCGCCGCUAAGCAGGAACUUCAGAAUCGUCCUGGGAACCUGGAGACAACAAUGUAGACAGCAUCUGAGUCUACAAGGUGCAGUGGCCCACCGUCCUGUUACUAUCAAGAAAAAAGCUUUAUACACUCAUUCAAUGCCUAACGUUGCAGACUCUCACUUUGCGAGUGGUUCUGAAGAAAACGAGCAUGGCCCUGGAAAAAAGACUUCAGAAGUUAAUCAUCACGGUACCAUAAAGCCGUUUUGUGCUUCAGGUGCCUCCGUAGCUUCUUUGGGAUCUAGCGGAGACAGACAUUAUCCGUGGGGAUGCCCCGUGACUCACACCCGAGAGAAGUUUUACACUAUCUGUUCAGACUAUGCUUUCUUAAACCAGGUGACGUCUAUUCGCAAAAGCCCAAGUGCUACAGUUAGUGCCUGCUUACAAGACAAUGUUGCCUUAAACGCUGGAAUUAAUUCUCCUGGUUUCAUUGGUAUUCGAACUGAUGCAUCGGACAUACUUUACAAUGAAGAUACUAACUUGGAAAGCUUGUCCAGUAGCCUUGGGAAAGUUCCACUGGCAUGGGAAAUUGAUAAGUCUGAAUUCAACGAAGGAGCCCCAGAUUUGAAGAACAGAGCAGGCAACAUGAAGAAGCAAGGAACAAAGAAAUUGUCUGUAGAAAAAAAAAGUAAACAGUACAGGGAAUGUCAGCAACACUACGCCCUUGAAGAAGUAAAACAACGAAAAGUGUUAGAUCUUCGGAGAUGGUACUGUAUAAGUCGGCCACAAUAUAAGACUUCCUGUGGGAUUUCUUCUCUAGUGUCUUGCUGGAAUUUUCUGUAUAGCACAAUAGGAGCUGGAAAUUUACCACCUAUUACUCAAGAAGAAGCUUUGCAUAUAUUGGGUUUUCAACCCCCUUUUGAAGAAAUUAGAUUUGGUCCAUUUACUGGCAAUACUACACUAAUGAGGUGGUUUAGACAAAUUAAUGAUCAUUUCCAUGUAAAAGGAUGUUCAUAUUUUCUUUAUAAGCCUCAUGGUAAGAAUAAGACAGCAGGAGAGACUG